AUGCAAAAAGUGUUAUCUCGUAUUUAAAUUCAAAAAUAAAGUGAUUCCAAUAGUAUAUCAUAUUUUUGCUUGAGUGGAGUCGAUUUAACAAAUAUCAUUAAAUAAGCCUAAAUUUACAGCAAUAAUUAAAAUCGUAAAAAUUCGUUUUCUAGAAAACCUAUUGAAAUAAGAAUGGCUAACAAAUUAGUGUUCAUUGAUGACGAUUAAGUAGAUAAAGUAGUUUUAAACUAAUUAGUUUUCUCUCAAACUCUAUCAGGAGAAAAUUAAAGAUUAGAUUAGAUGCUUAAAGUCCUCAGUUUAAAUCUCAAAAAAUUUAAAACAACUUUAAGAAAUGAAGCGAAUUCAAAUUAAUAUUUCUUUCAAAUAGAGGCUAUCCUAUUAUUUAAUUCAAUUAUAUUAAAUUAGGACUAAUAUUUCAUUAGCUUAUCACAUCUAAUCCUCUGCCAACACCAAUCAACAUUUAAGAAUCACUGUUUUAAUUGGUAAGUAGUCAAUCUAGAUGGUUGGAAUUGCGUUCCAAUUUUUUAAAAUGAUUUUCUACUCUAACUGUCCAGCAAUGAUUUAUUCCUAUAUGUAUAUUUUUACUUAUAUAUUUGA